AUGUCGUCUUCAGAACGCAAGCCUCUGGCCUAUUCGGGCACGCUUGACUCCUACGAGUCGUUUGAUGUUACGCCGACUAUCGGACGGGAGUUUUCUCAUCUCCAGCUCUGCAGCUUGCUGUCUGAUGAUGCCAAAAUCCGCGACCUCGCUGUUUUGGUAUCGCAGCGUGGCGUGGUAUUCUUCCGCAACCAGGACCUGAAGCCGUUUGACCAGAGGGAGGUUGUGCAGAAGCUCGGCCAGUUGUCGGGCAAACCGCAGACGUCAAAGGGAAAAGCUGCAGAGGCGGCUGGCAAGACACUUCCGGAUGGAGAGCCUAAGCCCGACGAAGUGCUGGUGAUCACGUCGGAAGUACUAGCCCUGGUUAACAAGGACAGCAUCACGUUUGAGAACGUCCCGUCGGACUAUGCCAUCCUGAAGAUGAACAUUGCCCCCGAGACGGGCGGAGACACCAUCUGGGCUUCAGGGUACGAGGCGUACGACCGUCUGUCGCCGGCCUGGAAGAAGCUCGCCGAGGGUCUGACAGCGACUCACCGCAAUCGAGCAGCCGCAGAAGUGGAUGCACAGUAUAUCGGAGAAAACCGCGGCUCGCCCGAGAACGCUGGCCUUGACUUUGAAGCGACGCACCUGAUGGCAGCCGGCCACCAGCUGCACGACGGUGAAUUCAUCGGCCUGACGCCGCGUGAGGACGAGAUCCUCAAGGCCUAUUUCCUCCAGAUCGUGGUCGAGAACCAUGACCUGCAGGUCCGGUUCAAGUGGAACACAAACGACAUUGCCAUCUGGGACAAUCGGUCGUGCUUUCACACCGCCACCUUUGACUACGCCACCAAGCGAGAGGGCUCGCGCUACGUCUCCAUUGGGGAGAAGCCGUACCUGGAUCCGCGCUUGCCAUCGCGUCGUGAGGCCCUGUCGAGGCUCAUCUUCGCAAUGGCACCCGAAGCAACAGAAAGCGUGCCGGUGGCGUCUAAAGGCUCCCGGCUGGCACCACUAAAGCUCGGUAGCGUUUUGGACCAGUUCUAUUCUAGAGAGUUGACGCCUGUUAUUGGUACUAAGUUCUACAACGUUGAUCUGGGCAGCCUCGACAACAACCUGCAAAAGGUGCUGGUGCAGCGGCUCGGCGAGCUCGUUAGAAAGCCCGGCACGUCGAAGCUGCACAUCCACCCGACCGUCAACAUUGGCCGCGACGCAGCGGGCGUGGCUAAGGACAAGGAGAUUAGCGUGAUUGACUCGACGCGCGGCCGCAUCAUCUUUCGCGGCGUGCAGGACCGCGAGACGCCUCGACAGGGCCUCACGACGCGAUGGCAAGUCGUCGCCCGCUUCCUGGCCAGUCACAUCCAGCUGCCUCCUUUGGACAGCCAGAAGAAGUGGGAGAUCGACCGGCUCGCCCGUGUCGGCGAUGGACAGCCCUUUUUCAAGGUAGCCCCGUACUUUGAGGAGUACUUUGAAGCUCUCCGCGAACUGGCCGGCGAACCGGUUCCUGGCACCAAAGGCCGCCGUCUACCUAAGUGGAAUCCCGCCUGGCUGGACGUGGCCGACCAAACGAUGGAAAAGAGAAUUGCACGGUGGCGGGCCACCGCUCUGUUUGACGCCCGGCAGCUGGCUGAGGAUGAGGCCCAGGAGAAUCACAAGGAACGUGAAGGCCAGGCUCGGCUCUGA